GACAAAAAGUGGCAGCAGCUGGAGCGUUUCUUGUCCUCAUUUCAAAGCUCGGAAAUUGAACGCUCAUCUACAUUACAGCUGCUUAUAGACGGUUAUACACAAGCAGCCAUUAUAAAAAUCUCGCUACGUGCAAAGAUACUCCCACUUUGCUUCGUGUGCUGAACUCUUUCACAUCAAGCCGCUUCAGCGGAAAAACAUGGAGCAAAUACCCUCAACUGGACCUAGUCCAACUUCACUCCCCUCAGUUCAGUUCCCCUCGGCGCCACUCCCACCGCCUGCGCCCCUCCAGCAAUGCUCUGGAAUCUGUGACAACCGUUUUUGCCAGGAUGUGCUCAUGCGGUACAAUAGUCUUAUAGCUCAGUUGUCUGCUGGUCUGCAGAGUCAUACCCGGCCCCUGCUGCAAGGCCAAACGGCCACCAUGUUUCUACUACCUCCUCCUGCUCCGAGCCACUUCGGAAGGCUGCCGAAUCUGCCCGGAAUUUUUCCGGAACGUUUGUCACUCGGUGUGCCGUCGGUUAGCUCUGCGAAUAAUGUAGCUACAUGGUGGACCUCAAGCUCACCAACCGAGCCCUCCAUACCCGCUGUUGCCGACCCAGUGCCUCUGGCCGCACAAGAUGCUGUUUCCAUGGAAGGAUUGGAGAAGAAUCCAGAGGUGACGAAGCAAGACACGAAUGAUGAUGACCUAGUGAUUGUGGUGGAUGAUGAAGAGAAUGCUCCAAGUGGCGAUGUCAAAAGCUCUGACAACGCCGAAGCUGAUACCAAAUGCAAAUGGGCUACUUGCACUGCGGAGUUCCGGACAGUCGAUGAGCUACUUCCCCACAUCAGCAAAUUACAUCUUUCUGCAAACCGUGUCGGUCACCCUGCAAAGAGGCCUAGACCGGACCGUGCCUCUCCAGCCCUAUCGACCGUUGGAAGCGACAUGGCAACUGAGGAUGCAAUGUCGAAUGCGCAGGACGCAGACGAUACGGCAUCGAUUUCCGAUGAUGGUGUUUCUGUUGUGGAUUCAACGGCUGGAUCAUCGUCUGCGAGAGCGACUUUCUUUCAUGCGUGCAAGUGGGCACUGUGCAGCUUGUCAAGCUUUUUCUCAGUGGACGACCUGAUACAGCACCUGUGCUCCGACCACUUGGCAAUUUCAAAGGGGAACAUGCGUCCGCACGGAUGUCUUUGGCUUGGAUGUGCGCAUCGUUUCGAAACCUUUGAUGAACUCACUGAUCAUGUAUCAGAGGAUCAUAUCGGGUCUGGGCAACAUGAAUACGUCUGUAUGUGGGAAAAUUGCGAUCGGAAUGGAAAGCCUUUCAACCAACGGCAAAAGGUUAUGAGACACAUUCAAACUCACACGGGCGAUAAACCGUACCAGUGCACUGUCUGUAACCAAAGAUUCUCGGAAUCUGGGAUUAUGACCCAGCAUAUGCGCACGCAUACAGGUGAACGUCCCUACAAAUGCCCCGAACCCACAUGCGAACGCCAAUUUGCUAUACCCGGUGCGCUCACCAUUCAUAUACGGAAACAUACGGGAGAAAAGCCGUUUAAAUGCAAAAUGGAUGGGUGUGAUAAGCGAUUCGCGGAAAGUAGCAACUUGACGAAACAUUUGCGAGUACAUACGGGAGAGAAGCCUUUUAGAUGCCCCAUGCAGCAAUGCACAAAGAAAUUUGCACGACCUGAUCAGGUGGCUCGGCAUCGGCGCAUCCAUGAGAAGAAAAACUAAUAAACGCUUAACAAGGAGGAUGCUUCCUCUAGCUUAAUUUUGGUGCACAUAGAAGUUUGCUAUCGAUUUUGUAUAAAAUAUUGUUGUUAGUUUCUAUUAUAUACAUUUGCUGGACUAAUUUGAGCAUUAUGUCUCUGCUUCUUUCAACAGGCG